AUGCACAGGUGUCUGAUAAAAGAUUUCGAGGCACGUCCUUCAGUCACCCAUCUGCUGGAACACCCGUUUAUUAAACAGGCUCAUGGCAAAGAUGCAGUACUUAGGAAAAGGCUCUCAGCUCUCGUACAGGAGCAACAGAACACCGGCACCAAGCCCAGGACCAGGACCAAGCAUGAACGGAUCAAUACACGCAAAACACUGCUGAUUGAAAGUUUUCCUGAUGAUGACCUGGUGAACCUGGAGGCUUUAGAUGAGGAAAUUAUAAUCACACAUCUUCAGAAGCGCUAUGAAGAACUGCAGAUAUACACCUAUGUUGGAGACAUCCUCAUUGCCCUGAACCCAUUCCAGGCUCUGAAAAUUUACUCACCACAGUUCUCGAAGCUGUAUCAUGGAGCAAAGCGCUCAGAUAAUCCUCCUCAUAUAUUCGCCACUGCUGAUGCAGCUUACCAAGGGAUGGUAACAUUCUGCAAAGACCAGGCUAAUAACCGUACGCUUCGGGAAAAGAUCCUGCAGGUGAAUCCUCUGGUGGAGGCAUUUGGCAACGCAUGCACGGCUAUUAAUGAUAACUCCAGUCGCUUCGGGAAGUACCUGGAGAUGAAGUUUACACCCACUGGUGCCGUCAUGGGUGCUAAGAUCUCUGAGUACCUCCUGGAGAAAUCACGAGUCAUCAAACAGGCCACAGGGGAAAAAAACUUCCACAUAUUUUAUUACAUAUAUGCUGGUCUUUAUCACCAAGAUAAUCUGAAGAAAUACAGAUUACCUGAGAAAACAGCUCCCAGGUACAUUGACAGUGCAAAUGGCAAAGUGAUGCAGGAAAUUGUGUCCAGCAAACUAUACAAAGACCAGUUUGAUGCCAUUCAGGACUGCUUCCGCAUAAUAGGGUUUUCAGAAGAGGAGGUGAAUUCUGUAUACAGAAUCUUGGCUGCUAUUUUAAACACUGGAAACAUUGAGUUUACCUCCACCACCUCUAAGCACCAAACAGAUAAGAGUGAAGUGCCUAACUCUGAGGCCUUAGAGAAUGCAGCGGUUCUGCUGUGUAUAGGAGCAGAGGAGCUUCAGGAGGCGUUGACCUCUCACUGUGUGGUAACACGUGGUGAGACCAUAAUCCGCACCAACACGGUGGACAAGGCUACUGAUGUGAGGGAUGCCAUGUCCAAGGCCCUCUAUGGCCGACUCUUCAGCUGGAUAGUGAACCGUAUCAAUGCCCUUCUACAGCCAGACAUCAAGAGCUGUGCUGCAGAGAGUGGGAUGUACGUGGGCAUUUUGGACAUCUUUGGCUUCGAGAACUUUAAGAAGAACUCGUUUGAGCAGCUGUGCAUAAACAUUGCCAAUGAACAGAUUCAGUUCUACUUUAACCAGCACAUCUUUGCGCUUGAGCAGAUGGAGUAUCAGAGUGAGGCGAUAGAUGCCAGUCUGGUGGAGUACGAGGACAACAGGCCGAUUUUGGACAUGUUCCUGCAGAAACCCAUGGGGCUUCUUUCACUGCUGGAUGAAGAGAGUCGUUUCCCUCAGGCAACAGACCAAACACUCGUUGGUUUGUUCUUGAAGGUGUUGUACAGUGUGAAUGGUUUUCUGGAGAAGAAUCGAGACACUCUUCCUGCAGACAUCAUGGUUGUUUUGAGAAUGUCGGAGAACAAAUUGCUGCAGCAGCUGUUCUCCAAUCCUCUCACCAAAACUGGUAACCUGGCCACCUCCAGAGCCAAAGUCACUGCAGCAUCCCGAUCUCUGCCUCCUCAGCUCCAUGCGGGACGUACCAAGGUGGACACCAUGGAGAUGAUGAGACACCCAGAGGAGACCACCAACAUGAGAAGACAGACUGUAGCGUCCUACUUCCGUUAUUCUCUGAUGGAUCUGCUGUCGAAGAUGGUAAUGGGCACGCCUCACUUUGUGCGCUGCAUUAAACCCAACGAUGAUCGCCAGGCUCUGCGCUUCUGUCAAGAGCGUGUGAUGGUGCAGCUACGAUACACAGGAAUCCUGGAGACAGUCAACAUCCGACGCCAGGGUUUCUCUCACCGCAUCACCUUUGAUGACUUUGUUAACAGGUACUAUUACCUGGCUUUCCGGGCCCAUCAGAUGCCAGUGAGCAGUAAAGAAAAUGUUGUCAUUAUUUUACAAAAAGCCAAGCUGGACAACUGGGUUCUGGGCAGGACAAAGGUGUUUCUGAAGUACUACCACGUGGAGCAACUGAAUUUGUUGCUGAGAGAGGUGAUGGCUCGGGUAGUGGUGAUCCAGGCCUACACUAAAGGCUGGCUGGGGGCUCGGAGAUACCGCAGGGACAAAGAGAAACGCAAUCAUAGGGCAAUCAUCAUCCAGUCAGCAUGGAGGGGUUAUUUAGCCCGUCAACAUGUGAAGCGGAUUAAGCUGGAUCGCGAAAAUGCAGCAGUGCAGAUUCAGUCAGGGAAGGCACAUCUCAGAGAAGAGGCUCUGACUGUUCAACCCAUAAGGACAAGAGGGAGAGAGAAAGAGCAAGAAGAGGAAGGGAGGCACAGGGAAGGAGUGAAUCAAAAGGCUGGAAAUCCGUGCUGGAGAGUUGUCUCUGUCAGUGGUGAUGGACAGAGUGAAGUUGACAGUAAAGAGAAAAGGACAGCUGAAGUGUCUGUAGUGAAGACUCAUGGAGAGAGAGACAGAGCAACACACCACAAACAAGGUCCAGCAGCAAAGUUGCUACAGCGCACCCCUCGGCGUCGAGGCCAGCAACCCAAACUACUGAACAGCCCAGAGGACAGUAUUUACUACAGCCAGCUCAAUAGAGCUCUAGAUUACCAGGGGAGCAAAAGGAAGCCCAGAAAACUUGGCCAGAUCAAGCUUCUAGAUGGAGAGGAUGAGUAUUAUAAAUUGUUGUUGGCGGUGGAGUCUGUCCCUGAGGAAGAUUUCUCUUCUAUCCCUCCUCCUCCUCCCUCUGGUCCUGCUCCGGUUUCUCCGCUGAAGCGGGAAGCUCUGCUCAGCCAGAGCUGA